AUGUACCGCUACACUUCCGCGCAUCCCUCCCACUACUCACAGACCUACCUGCAUCCUCCCCUCUACCCUCACAAUCUCACCUCGCGAUCCUACGACACAACUUACAUGUCCAGACCCUACCCAUACACAGAACCACGUCGCUAUAAUUCCUACUACGAAACGACAUACGCGCGACCCAGCACAUCUCACAGACCAAACACUUCGUACCGACCCUCUCAAACAGAAUAUUGGAGAUACGUCAAACCAGUUCAAACGGUGCAGCCAGAUAGACCACCACGCAAGAGCAGUCUCAAGAAGACGGAGGGCAGACACGUUCACUUCGAUCUUCCACCUGUUCAGGGGACGUCGAGCAGAACGGUGAGAAUUGCGGAGGAGGAGAGGCAAAGGGAGAGGGAACGUGUUAGGGCGAGGGAGAAAGAUCGAGAGAGGAAUAGAGGAAGAGAACGGGAAAGAGGAAGGGAGAGCAGAUACAUACCGUCACCGGCUCGACCACCUAUACGGCACUACGAAACCGAAAGAAAGAUGCCUAAGAAGCAAUACGCCACCUACUCCCACUCCUUUGAAUACGAUUCUCAACUCCACCAUCGAGAGAGAUAUCGUUCUUCUACUUCGCCUCAACGAACCAGCUUACCUCGCUCUACUUCACACUACACCCACCACCAACCGUCCUCUCUACCCUACAUACACGAUCCCCUCCCGUCCAUACCAACCGUCUACAUAAUAACCUUCGCCGCGGACCUCACGCCCACAGAAUCCUCCCGCGCCUCCCUCCUUUCCUCGCAACUUCCCGUCCGGUCCCCACCAAUCCCCCAUCUCUACACCAUAGACGCACGCACCGUCCGACCACCCUCACCCUCUCUAUGCCGGGAAUACUCAGGCGUGAGUCCGCGGAUUCAGGAUAUCGUUAUGGAAGACGCUGAGGCGAGGUAUGCGGCAAGGAAGGCUGUGGAGAGGGUUGUUAGGUUUGGGGAGUCGCAACGGAGUAAGACUCGAGCGAGAGAAUGGGGAAGGGGAGGGACAGGAGGAGGGGGUGAUGGGAGGGGAAUGGAAGUCAGCUUAAGUAUAUGUUGUCACUCUGGUACACAUCGCAGUGUAGCGAUUGCGGAACGCAUAGCGCAGUGUGUUAAGAGUGAAGUUGGGAGGCGGGGGUGUGAGCAGGGUGUUCGGGUCGUGUGUCGGCAUGUUCAUCGGGUUAAGGGGAGGAGGGAUCCUUUUUGA